AUGAACGCUGUACGCCCACCGCUGCUCGAAGCGGCAUUGAAGUCGUGUACCAAAUCACCGCGUUCCGCAACAUACAGAGCUUCCCUCCAUCAGUCGAGACGGACCAUCCAGAGACCGCAGCGAAGAUGGGUAUCGGAUGGGUCGAAGCCGCCAACACCGCCUGGUACGGCGGAGAAGGUCACCGUCUUCGCGCCCAAGACUCGGAUAGCGGUCGGCGUGGUCUUUGUAGGCACGCUCGCCUACUCAAUGAUCACCGGCAAUCGCGAAAUCGCCGCCGCAGAACAAGACUCCGCCCAACAAUACCCACCCCCACCGCCUCCCUCCGGCAGCGGCGGCCACCAGCUCGAAGCCCCCUCCAUCGCCGAGCGCGACGCGCUAAGUAAACGCGAAUCCGGCAUCUCCCCCACCUCGCCCAUGCGCUUACGGAUGGAACAGUUCAUCAAGCAGAAGCAGCAAGAAAUCGUUAAAUCGCUCGAGUCCGUCGACGGGUCGCGCUUCACUAUCGACUCCUGGGAUCGUCCGAGAGGAGGAGGUGGGAUUACGUGUGUAUUGCAGGAUGGGCAGGUGUUCGAGAAGGCGGGCGUGAAUACGAGUGUGGUGUAUGGGACUCUACCGAGAGAGGCGAUUAGUAAGAUGAGGGUGAAUCAUAAGGCGUUGGAUGCUGGGGUCGAGAGUCUGGAGUUCUUUGCCGCCGGGUUGAGUCUGGUGCUGCAUCCGAUUAACCCCAUGGCGCCGACGGUGCAUCUGAACUAUCGGUACUUCGAGACGGCGAACCACGACGGGAGCACGAAUGCGUGGUGGUUCGGGGGCGGGACGGAUUUGACGCCGAGUUAUCUGUUCGAUGAGGAUGUGAUUGCGUUCCACCGCGGGAUCAAAGAGGCGUGCGAUAAGCAUGACAAGAACUACUACCCGCGGUUUAAGAAAUGGUGCGACGACUACUUCUACGUCAAACACCGCGGCGAGUGUCGCGGCGUCGGCGGGAUCUUCUUCGACGACCUGGACGAAACGGAGAAGGAUCAGGAGUCGCUGUUCGCAUUCAUCCAGUCCUGUCUGGGUGCUUUCCUGCCCAGCUACCUGCCGAUCAUCGAGAAGAGGAAGGAGAUGCCGUUUUCCGAGCACGAGAAGCGCUGGCAGCAGUUGCGGAGGGGACGGUAUGUGGAGUUUAACCUGGUGCAUGAUCGGGGCACGGCUUUUGGGCUGAACACGCCGGGCGCGAGGAUCGAGAGUAUUUUGAUGAGCUUGCCUUUGACGGCGCGGUGGCAGUAUCAGCAUGAGCCGGAGAAGGGGAGUCGGGAGGAGAGGUUGGUGAAUAUUCUGAAGAAGCCUGUGGAGUGGGUGUGA